AGAACGAUGAAGCAAAUCUGAUAGCUGCGAAAGCUUUCCGGUCGCGACUUCUCGGAGAUAAGAAGAGAGCUGUGUACUGGGAAGGUCAGCUUGAAGAUCUUCGCAAACCCAAAAGUCCGCGAAUAGAAAUGAGUAGAAGUCCGUCUUCUGAAGCGUCUGUAUCAGGAAGAAGGUCGGAAGACGGGGAAGUGGAGAUUGUCUCUCCUUUGGAUGAAAACGGCAUGAUUCUCCCUACUCUUCUUAAGAAGACUGCAAAGCAAGUCGAUGAGGACUUUCAAUACGGCGGACGCAAAGGCAUGCGUAAAGAGGCUCAGGAUCAGAGUAUCGCUGAGAUGCAGAAAUCCAUCUAUAUGCAUCGGGAACGUAAUAUCGACGAGGUGAUCGCUAGUAAUAUCAUGAAGCACAGUCAUUAUCACAACCCUAUGGAAAGCAGCCGAUCGGGGUUUGAUGAAGAGGAUGCGAUCGACGAGAAGUUUUACACUGGCAAAGAAGAAUACAUGACGGAGAAAAAGAAGCAGGAAAUGGAAAUGGAGCAGGCGAUCAAGGCACAGAAGCGCUGGACCCAGAUCACAUCCACCUGUCCCUAUUGUUACGGAUCGUCUCAAAUGUCAAAGGAUAAUUUGAUAGCUCUCGGGAAUCACACCUAUCUCGCGAUGUGCUCGAAGAUGCGACUUAAUGAAUGGCAUGUGCAGAUCUGUCCGCUGCAGCACGUCUGGUCGCAAACGGAGUGCGAUGAGGAGGUGAUGUACGAGAUCCAGCGCUUCCAGCAGGCGUUGACUGCGAUGGCUCGCUCGCUGAAUAAGGGAUUGAUUUGUUUUGAGGAAGUGCAUCUUCCGCGUGGAAGGCAGCAUUGUAUUGUGGAGUGCGUGAUGGUGCCGAAGGAGGUGGAGAUGGACGCGCCGAUUUAUUUUAGGAAGGCAAUGCUGGAGGUAGGGAUUGAAUGA